AUGAACGUCCGUCUCGCCGCCUUCGUCGCUGCAAUUGCCACCUUGGCCAGCGGAGCUUCUGCCGCCAGCUGCCCGUUCGGCUACGACAAGAUCGCGUCUGUGAAGCAGCAGGACCGUCAGAUUUCCACCGAGCUGUACGACGCCAAGAGCUGCGAUGUGAUCGACUACGAGCUGGUCAAGAAGGACCUGGAGGUCUUGAUGACCAACUCGCAGGACUUCUGGCCGGCCGACUUCGGCCACUACGGCGGUCUCUUCAUCCGUCUCGCGUGGCACUGCAAUGGUUCUUACCGUCGCGCUGACGGCCGUGGUGGUUGUGACGGCGGCCGCAUUCGUUUCAACCCGGAGCACAGCUGGGCCGACAACACCAACCUGGACAAGGCUCUGAAGCUGCUGGACCCUAUCAAGAAGAAGUACGGCGACGCUCUGUCAUGGGGUGACCUUAUCGUGCUGUCGGGCAACGUGGCCAUCAAGAGCAUGGGUGGCCCUGUGCUCGGCUUCUGCGGUGGCCGCCGCGAUGACGUCGACGGCACGAGCAGCCUGCAGCUUGGCCCGACGCCCGAGCAAGAGGCUGUGGCCCCGUGCGCCGUCGACGGCGACUGCAAGGAGCCCCUGGGCCCUACCACGAUGGGUCUCAUCUACGUGAACCCCGAGGGCCCCAUGGGCAAGCCCGACCCUGCUGGAUCGGCUCCUCAGGUGCGCGACACGUUCAAGCGCAUGGGCAUGGACGACCGCGAGACGGUGGCUCUUGUUGGCGGCGGCCACGCCUUCGGUAAGACGCACGGCGCCUGUAAGACUGGCGCCGGUCCUUCGCCGCUGGAGGACCCGGAGAACCCGUGGCCCGGAACCUGUGGCGAGGGCCCGAUGAAGGGCAAGGGCAACAACACGUUCACGAGCGGCUUCGAGGGCCAGUGGACGUUCACGCCUACGAAGUGGGGCAACGGCUACUUCAAGGGCCUCACGACCCGCGAGUGGGAGAAGUACGAGGGCCCUGGUGGCCACAUUCAGUGGCGUCCCGUGCCGGACACGACGCCACCCGUGCGUAUGCUGACGGCUGACAUUGCCCUGCUGCACGACCCCAGCUACAAGGCAAUCUCGGAGGAGUUCGCGGCGAACCAGACCGCUCUGGACGAGGCUUUCUCGCACGCCUGGUACAAGCUCACGUCGCGUGACAUGGGCCCCGUGGCUCGCUGCCGCGGCAAGGACGUGCCGCCUGCGCAGCCGUUCCAGAACCCGCUGCCGCCGACGCCCGCCAAGCUGCCGGUCUUCAAGGCCGUGCGCAAGGACAUCAGCGCGCUGCUCAAGAAGAAGGUGAACGGCCUGACGAGCGACUCGACGGGCAAGGGCGCGGCCUACAACGGCGCGCUCUUCGUGCACGCGGCCUGGCAGUGCGCGUCGACGUUCCGCAUCACGGACUACGCCGGCGGCUGCAACGGCGCCAAGAUCCGCUUCGCGCCCGAGAAGGACUGGCCCGUGAACAAGGGCGUGGACCAGAUCAUUGCCGCGCUCGAGCCCAUCAAGCAGAAGUACCCGACGCUGUCGACCGCCGAUCUCAUCGUGCUGGCCGGCCAGGUGGCUCUUGAGGACGCCGGCAGCUCCAAGAUCGACUUCCUGGGUGGCCGCACUGACGCCACCAACGGCGACGGCUCGGACAUCCUGGCCCCGCGCGAGUACUACAACUCGACGGUGACCGCCGUGCGCGACAACAUCAAGAUCCUCGGUGUGUCGCCUGAGGAGGCCGUGGCCCUGGCCGCUCGCCCUCGCAGCGCCGCGCAGCAGAAGACGCUCGGCUUCAGCGGCUCGUACAGCGCCAACCCCAGCAAGCUCUCGAACGAGUACUUCCAGGUGCUGCUCAACGAGAAGUGGACGGCCGUGUCCAAGAAGGAGUUCAAGGCCGAGGGCCAGAACAUCUACAUGAUGGACACGGACCUGGCGCUGCUGGAGGCGCCCGAGCUCAAGGUGGUGGUCGAGAAGUUCGCCAAGGACCAGAACGCCUUCAAGAAGGUCUUCGCCAAGGCCUGGGCCAAGGUCAUGACGGCCGACCACUUCAAGGUGGACAGCUACUAA